CCGUCGGACCCGGAAGUAGUGGCGGACCACUCGGUGACGGCAAAGCUUUGCCCUCAAACUCAUGAAACACAGCUGACAUUAGCUUUGCAACAAUUUCCUACUUUUAUCAUAUACAGGGUAUUAAAAGGGUGGAACUAAGAGCAAACAUGUCUCUUGCGGCGGACGCCUUCGUGUCACAAAUGGCCGCCGUUGAGCCGUGGCCCGAGAGUGCAGCCUUGUACCAGCCGCUGAAAGAGGAUCAGAUUCUGCUGUCGGAGUGCGCCUCGUCCCUCGCCGUCCAGGCGUACUUGCGGAUGUGCGGUCUACCCGUGCAGGUGGUGUGCAAAGCCAAUGCCGAGUACAUGUCGCCCUCUGGCAAGAUUCCCUUCAUCCACGUGGGCAACCAGGUGGUGUCAGAACUGGGCCCAAUAGUGCAGUUCACCAAAGCCAAGGGCCACUCUCUGAGCGAGGGCUUGGACGACAUUCAGAGGGCCGAAAUGAAAGCGUACAUGGAGCUGGUCAACAACAUGCUGCUGACUGCUGAGCUGUACAUCCAGUGGUGUGACGACGGCACAGCCGCUGAGAUCACUCGUCCCAGGUACAGCAGCCCCUACUCGUGGCCCCUCAGCACCAUCCUGGCCUACCAGAAGCAGUGGGAGGUGCGCCGGAAGAUGAACGCCAUCGGCUGGGGGGGGAAAAACCUGGAGCAGGUGUACGAGGAUGUGAGUCAGUGCUGCCAGGCUCUCUCUCAGCGCCUCGGAACGCAGCCCUUCUUCUUCAAUAAACAGCCGACCGAGCUGGACGCCCUGGUGUUCGGUCACCUGUUCACCAUCCUGACCACCCGGCUGACCAGCACCGAGCUGGCCGAGCGCGUGCGCAGCUACGGGAACCUGCUGUCCUUCUGCAGGCGCAUCGAGCAGACCUACUUUGACGACAGGACCGCCUGAAAGGGAUCUGGCCCUCCCAGACCAGACCAGACCAGACCAGCAAGACUGAGCCACCAUCUCAUCUGUUUGUACAUAAGACGAGAAGCUGAUAAACUGACCGUACGCACCUCUUUUUUGCUGCUUCUUCCCGGAUAUACACAGCAAACAACUACAGGUUCACGAAGGAGUUCGCAGACAAAUGAUUUAUUUAUUAUUAUUAUUAGCAAUUAGUGUUUUACGAUUAUUCCAAAUUGACAAGGGUCUGUCUGCUGCUUCCUUUGGACAACAACAACAAAAAAAUUGCAUGAAUAUAAUGAUGAUUAUUAUUGGCGCGUCUGUGUGAAUGCUAGGUGCGUUAAAAAAUAAAAAGGAAUUGCAUUAAAGA